UCACUGCAUUACUUCACAUCACAACUCAUCAGCAGGGACGCUUGAUGAUACACGGGAUUGGAUCUAGCCUACUUUACGUACCGUUUUAUUUUGUUAGGCUAUUUUUUUUUUUCUCUUUUCUUUCAACAUCUCAAAAGAAACCAGUUUUAUCUUGAAUAUUUAACUAUGAAUUAGGAUAAAAACAUGUGUCUUAAUAUAUGGCAUUAUGGCAGAGCAAAUGUUACCUGCAAUUAAUUUAGAUAGAUCUGUGUCUAUAUCGCGAAGGACAGUGAUAAUCUAUCAGAAAAUAUGGAGACAUUUACAAUUCACGAUAUGCUCAUCAAUUCCACUGAUAUUUAUAAAAUUUUAUGUGGACUGGGAAUCGAGAAUUUGUCGGAGUGUAAAAAUGAUAAUAACAGCACGUCCGAGCCAAAAGACAUGAAGCAGUCGGUGCGGAUCGCUCUGUAUGUGCUCAUCUUCCUCUUGAGCUUCAUUGGGAACAGCCUCAUCAUCACCGUCCUGCUGCGGAACCGGCGCAUGCGGACGGUAACGAACCUGUUCCUGCUGUCUCUGGCCGUCAGUGAUCUGAUGCUGAGUGUCUUCUGCAUGCCCUUCACACUCAUCCCAAACCUCAUGAAGGACUUCAUCUUCGGCGCCGGCAUGUGUAAAGUGGCCACGUACUUCAUGGGUAUUUCGGUGAGCGUGUCCACAUUCAACCUCGUGGCCAUCUCUCUGGAGCGCUACAGUGCCAUUUGCAACCCCCUUAAGUCCCGCACAUGGCAGACGAAAUCCCACGCUACAAAAGUCAUCACAGCCACUUGGGUCGUGUCUUUUCUGCUCAUGCUGCCUUAUCCGAUAGGCAACACUCUGGUGCCUUUCAUGCGCAGUAACAACAGCACAGGCCACAUGUGCCGCUUGGUUUGGCCCAGUGAUGUCAUGCAGACCUGGUAUGUUUUCCUGUUGCUGACACUCUUUCUCGUGCCUGGCAUCAUAAUGGUGACGGCUUAUGGCCUCACCUCACUCGAACUCUACAGGGGAAUCAAAUUUGAAAUGGCUAACAGGAAAUCAAACAGAGAGAAAGAAUACGGCACUUCCAGUCUGAAAAAUGGUGAUGGCUGCUACCUCCAACCCUCCAAGAGAAAGCGUCCCGAACCCAUGACGCCCGGCUUCAGCAAUCCAAAAUGCAAACUGCGAAGGGUUUGCAGCAACAGCCCCACAGCAAACCUCAUGGCCAAGAAACGGGUCAUUCGCAUGCUGCUGGUGAUCGUGGGGCUGUUCUUCCUCUGCUGGACGCCCAUCUUUGUUGUUAAUGCCUGGAGGGCUUUUGACAGACGUUCAGCCGAUCGUGUCCUCUCAGGAGCGCCGAUCUCUUUCAUCCACUUGCUUUCCUACACCUCGGCCUGCGUCAACCCCAUAGUCUAUUGUUUCAUGAACAACCGCUUCAGACAGGGUGUGCUGGCGACGUUCAGCUGUCGUAAGACUGAUUUCGAGGAAGUUAGCAGGAGCAGCACCCGACGUAGCGCCAGAGGAGCUGGAGGGCAGAGAACGCUGUGUGGAGGAACUGAUGUGACCAGACAGGCUGACGGUAACACACAAAGCUCAGGAACACGUUCCAGGCUAACUGACACCAGUAUCCGUGGCUCAGCACAAGCAUAACUGACACUCGUUAAACCCAGACAUUUUCAGUAUAUGAGCCCAACAAGAAGUUUAUCUUGAGUUAAAUGUAAAGGAAAAUAUGAGAUCAGUGUCAAAAUCAGUCAAAGCUGCUAACGGGAGAGAGUCUUGUUGUACUGAUGAUAAAAGAGAGCACAAGCAUGCAGACAGUGGCUGAUAAUAUCACUGAAACGCUGAUAGUAUCCAAUGCUUAAAUUUAGCAUGUCACUGUUAAAUAAACAGCAGCACCAAACAGAGCAAGACUGUGGCCUUCAGUCCUCAUUACAGUACAGACUAAGACAAAGUCAUAAAGAAGUUUUGUCUCUCUAAUUUUCUGGCUCACCUACGUAUAAUGUAAAAAAUUAUAUGACUUAUAUAACUUGUGUUUUUACAUUACUUUAACUCAUCAAAGUAAGUUAAGCGAUUUUCAACUUUAUUUUAUAACUCAUUCUUUAAGCCAAUUUAAUUGAAGUUAAAAUUAUUUUAACAGCUGAGUUGCUUGCUCUUAAAAAGUUAAUGCAAUUCAUUUGAUUUCCUUGCCUUUGACUUGAUUUGUGUGUGUGUGUGUGUGUGUUACUGUCAAAGUAAUCGUCCAGAUGUUUUGAGAACAUUCUAAUAUUGCUCCUAACUACACUACCAUUCAAAAGAUUGGUUGAGGUUGAGAUGUUUUUAAAAUAACUCUCUUCUGCUCACCAAGGCUGUAUUUAUUGAAUCAAAAAUAUUGUGAAAUAUUUAUAUAACAUUCAAAAAUGUAUUUUAUAAAUAAAUUCCAGUGAUGGCAGUGCUUCAUUACGCCAGUCUUCAGUGUCACACGAUCAAGAAAUCUGCAAUACUAUAUGCUAAAUUGUUGCCCAAGAAAAAUGUAUUAUUAUUUAUUUAAAUGUAUUAUUAUUGUUUAAAACAGAUCUGCUGUUUAAUGUAGUUUUAUAUAUAUAUAUAUAU